AUUUAUAUCUGAAAGCGCACAUGCUUAUGAUUUGAAAACAACAGAGAAGCCGCUAGUGAGACGGUGUGCCAGACGUGUUUUGUCUAUUGGAUAGCGUGGAAUAUGGCUAAAAGACUGCAAAAUCUUGUUGGUGACACAGUGAUUAGACUGUCAGGUGAUAAUGUAGAAGAAAUAAGGGUUGAGUCAUUAUGUGGAAAAGACUCUGUUAUUGGGAUAUAUUUUUCUGCACAUUGGUGUCCGCCGUGUAGAGGUUUUACACCAAAACUUAUUGAAUUCUAUAAUAACGAAAAACAGAAAAGGAAUUCUACUAAGUUUGAAAUUAUUUUUGUGAGUUGGGAUAGAGAUGAAGCAAGUUUUAAGGAAUAUUUUGCUACAAUGCCAUGGUUGGCUUUACCUUAUGACCCAGACAAAAAACACAAGGGUAAACUGACAAAAAAAUUCAGAGUUCAAGGAAUUCCAAAAUUAGUUCUGUUAGAUGGAGAAAAUGGGAAAACUAUAACAGUUGAUGGUUAUACAUGUUUAACAGAUAAUCCCAAUGGAGAGGGAUUUCCAUGGAGACGAAAAAAGGUCACAGAGGUCAUCAAAGGACCAAUAAUAACCAGUAAUAAAACAGAAGUAGAAGCUUUAGAAGCUCUGAAAGGGAAAUAUGUUGGGCUAUACUUUUCUGCACAUUGGUGUCCACCAUGUAAAGCCUUUACACCAGAGUUGAUAAGAAUUUAUGAGAUGUUAAAGUCAAAUGGAAAGAAUAUGGAGUUCGUGUUCGUCAGUUCAGACAGAAGCCAGGAUUCGUUUGAUGUGUUUUUUGAUUCCAUGCCAUGGAUGGCGAUUCCGUUUGGGGAUUCAAGGACAGAAGCACUUAAAGGCCUUUUCGGCAUAGAUGGUAUACCUAGUUUAGUGAUGAUAGAUGAUAAAGGGGAGAUAAUUAACUUAAAUGGGAGGGCAGCUGUUGUAGAAGAUAUUGAAGCAAAGGAUUUUCCAUGGUACCCAAAGCCUCUGAAUGAAUUAACUGGUUCAGCAUCAGUCAUGUUGAAUGAGUCAGCUUGUUUAGUAUUGUUUACAGAAGGAGAAGAUAGUGAUAUAGAUAUGGCUAUAGAUGUACUGAGUGAGUUAGCUCAGGAAGAGAGUGAGAAAGGAGAAGAUCAAGAAUUGUUUUUCUUUUUUGGCGCUGAUGAUGAUAUAUGUUAUAGUGUACGAGAUUUUGCCAGUUUAGAUGACCAGUGCCCAUUACUUGUGAUAUUUGACUUUCCAGAACAGAAAAUAUAUGUAUGUAAAGAGACAGACAUUACUAAGGACAUUGCACGAGCGUUUGUCAAAAGUUAUUUUAAUGAAACUUUGGAAUCCCGACCAUUGAAGCCAUCAGUAUAAAUUGUUAUCUUUAAAGUGGCAAUUUUGUAAUGCAGAUGUCAUCAUAAAUACUUCUAGGAAGUUGUAUUUUUUAUUCAGCCUAGUGGAACUGUUGGAUAAUUUGUCCAUUUGAGAAAUAUCUCAAUUUUUGAUUUAACUAAUGGAACUGUGAGACUUUAUCAUCUGAUCUGGAUAUACUUGCUGUUAUUUGAACUCGGCAAAGUAAAUUGAAAUAUCAAGAUUUAACUUUUAUGAUGAAAAUCCAGAGUAGAUUUACAAUGAAAACUGAUAUAUCAAGAGUUUAUUAUCAAUUGAUAAUCAAAAUAUUCAGAGAUGAUUUGUACAAUGUACUGAAAUAUUCAGAGUUGAUUUAUAAUGUAAAUUAAAAAAUCCAAAGUUGAUUUAUAAUGAACAUUGAUAUAUCUGGAAUUGAUUUAUUUUGUUAAUCAAAAUAUCCAGAGUUGAUAUAUAUAAUUUACAUUAGAAUAUCCAGAGUUGAUUUAUAAUGUACAUUGAAAUAUCCAGAGUUGAUUUAUAAUGUACAUUGAAAUAUUCAGAGUUGCUUUAUAAUGUAAAUGGAAAUAUCCGGAGUUGAUUUACAUUGUUAAUAAAAAUAUCUAGAGUUGAUUUGUAUAAUUUUCAUUAAUAUAUUCAGAGUUGAUUUAUAAUCAAGGGUCCGGAAACGGUCAUAUUUGCCAGUCAUGACCUAAACUGAAAGCUAUUUGUACUAAAUGACAGACUGGGAUUUAGGACAAUUUUAUUUUUUUUACAGAAAUAAUUCCAGUCAUCUUACUUGAGAUCAGAUUUCUUAAUCGCCAUUUUGCACUUAUUUUUGUUUUGUAAUCCCUUUCCUGUAAUAAGACUGCCACUCCAGUAUAGUAUGAUAAUCCUGACGGCCCUCCUAAUAACAAUAUUAAUGCCUCCAGGAAAUAUUGACUUAUGAUCGCUAUUCACUUAUUACUUGUGUUUUUAAUUCAUACCUGACAGUGAUCGCAAGCUCAGAACUAAUAUUAGAAAGAAAUUAAAUUUCCAUGACAACUUUCUUCACUAUUUAAUUACUUUUCAGCAAAGACAAUCUUCAAUUCUGAUUUAAGUAAUUUUCCACAAGUCAAACUUGUGCUUUAUAUACAAUGUAAUACGCAUGUGUGAAAUUGUCUUCACCAGAUUAGACACUUAAUCGUAAAAUGCAAAAUGAUUUUGCUAAAUAAAACGAGUGCAACUUUUAUCUGUUAUAAUCAAACACUUUCUAAGGUAAUAAAAUUAUAAAUCUGGUGAUUUCCAGUCAAUUUGAUAAACAGAACGAAUCCCGGAAAUGAAUCCGGAAUUACUCGUACUCCAGUAUUGCUGUGAAACUUCUGGUUUAAAUUUCUUCUUCUAAAUCGAAAGGACACUAGCGAUGUCUGAGAAAUUUACCAUUUUGAGUCAUUAAAAUCAUUUCAAUUCUAAACUGUUGUUUUUUUUUUUUUUUUAAAAACAGUAACAAAAGUCAUGAAGUAAAUGUGAUGAAACAGUCAAUACAAGUUAGUUGAUGCUAUGAAAAUAAAGUGUAAAUAAUUUUUGAUAGUUUGAAAAAACACAGAAAUGGUGUGAAAAAUUCCGGAUCCUUGUUUAUAAUGUAUAUUGAAAUAUCCAGAGUUGAUUUAUAAUAGACAUUGAAAUAUCAAGUUAAUUUUUAUAAUAUAAAUUUAAAUAUCCAGUAGUUUUGAAAAGAAAUUUGUAAUGAAAUUGAUACUUCCUGCUGUAUUUUAAGUUUAAUUCUGCUUUUGUAUCACUGCUGUUAUAUAUUUUUCUUGUUUUUAAAUAAUUCAGAAGAACAUUUUUGGGUUUGGAUCCCUAAAAAACUGUAUGUUCAAUUACAAAACAGUAUAUUCAAUUACAAAAAAUGGGUUUUGAAGCAUUUAUUUGCAUAGAAUACAUUUUUGAACUUUUAAAGUUGAUAAGAUUUUAUAUUCUCAGUACUGUGAGAGGAGUUUUAUGAAGAUAUUGAAUUUUUGUUAUUAAGAAACAUGUCUUUAUGGUUACCAUUAUAUUUCAUUCAUUGUUUAUAAAAUGGUGUAGUAAAUUAAAAUGAUUUCAUAUUCUGUGAAAAUAUAGUGGUAGAUUCCUCUAAAAUUGAUUGUGUAGAAAUCAUUGGUUGAGGGUAUUAGAUUUGUGAUUUUACACUUUGUACUUACAAAAUCAAUGAAAAUGUGCAUAUCAAUGUUUUUAUUUUAAAAUUUAUGAUUUGAUAAACCCCAAAUCCACUUGAUAUGGAACCUUACAAUAAGGUGAAAUUACUGAAAGAGAGAGCAGUAUAAUUUAAUGGGUUUUUUAAGUGCAGUUAAUUAUAAAGAUUAAUUUAAGGUUUUCAACAUCAUUAUAGUUUUUUGUGCAUUUUAUAGUAUUGAUAUUAUUGUAAAAAUUCCAGGAUGACAACCCUCUGCUUAUUAAAGCUGGGAUGUAUGAUAAUAUGUUAAAAUAUGUCCUUCCUACCUCAUUUCCCACCUAUAAUUCCUACUAAACCGAAUACCUAACCCUUAAGGGAGGUUAAUCCUACACAGCUACUUUAAAAGUACAAGCCUUCUUUGAGAUGCAUAUAAACUGCAAGGGCUCUGUCUUAAAGGCAGUACUUUGACCUAUAAUUGUUAACUAUUUAUACAUUGUGACUUGGAUGGUGAGUUGUCUGUGGACUCAUACCACAUCUUCUUAUUUAUAUGUACAUCUGUUGAGAUGCAUAUGAGCUGACUGCAUCUGUUAAGAUGUAUAUAAUACGUACAUUUUUCAUAUAAACUGUAUAUUUUUAAAGAUAUAUAUGAAUUGUGUAUGUACAUCUUUACAUAUAUAUAGUAUAUAUACAUUUUCACUGAUGUACAGUCAAUAUACAUCUCAAGGGAUGUACAUUUUAUAUACAGCUUAACUGGGAAACAGUCUUGGUGCAUCUUACUAAAUGUACAUCAAGAUCGCUUGUACUAAAGUAGCUGUAUACAAAACAACAAAAGUUUAAAGCUAUGCAAAAUGAAAGCAUUUCAUUAACACAGACUAAAUAUGUCAAAGCGUACAUCAUCUUUAGUUAUACAAUUGAAUUUUUUUGGGAACAUAUUGGGAUUUGGAAACUUGUUCAGCUGAGAAUUUUAUAUGUAGUUAACUAUGUACCAAAUGAAAAUUUAAAACAUUAAAUGGUAUGAUAAAUAUUUAAAAAAAAGUUUAGGUACCCUUUAAACAGUGAAUUUCAAUUCCUUUCCUCAUCUAUUAAUUUGUCUGUCACACUUUUAGUAUUGAGAACAUACUCCACAUGAUUAGAGUAGCUUGGUAUAAAGUCUGCAGGACGGAUUGUAUAAAAGUAAUCUGGUGAUAUUCAGUCAUGAUCAACUUAUUAGUUGCCAUAAAACACUGGUAAAAUUAUAAAUAAUUAUUAACAGAUGUUAUCACAGUUCAUUGUUACUUUAUUCCUACACAUACUUACUGGCUGAGAGGUGUAGGUCGCUGGCCACAUUUACUUGAACAGGUCACUUCAGCCUAUCAUUUUAGGUGCUACUAAACAGCCAUGGUUUUUGGUUGAUUUACAUGUCCACCCACUUCAUCCUAUCACUAUUACGGUUGGGAGCUUUUAAUAGCUGUCAGAGCAGUCUAGGAACUGAUAGUUGGCUGCAUUAUCACAUACAGAUCACUUCAACCUAACACUACUGAUGUAGGAGCUAUAAAUAGCCAUACAUUUUGGUGGCUGAGUAGUUGAGUAUUUGAUCCCAUUUAUAUGAUCAGACUCUCCAGCCUGUAACUAUGACAGUAAAAGUUACAACCAUGAGUUAGGAGUCUAAGUAGUUAAUGUACAGACACUUCAGCCUAUCGCUAUUAAUAUAAACUUGACUGUUAAAAUCAAGUCAACAGAUCAUUACUAUCAUAGAAGUUCAAGUCUUGCUCUGAUCAUUUAAAAAAAUGGCAAACAGCAUCCAGUAUCAAUGUUUGUCAGUGACUCUUAAUAGAUCUGUGGUUUACCUUACACAUACUGACUUGCUCCACCUAUGAUAUUUACCAUGGAGUAGGUUGUUUUAUCAUACAAAGAAACAUUAUAUAAUUGGAUCUUAUUAAGAAUCAUUUGAGCGGCAUUGGAUAGAAAUCGACCUUGUGCAAGUGCAUGUAUACAUGUACAUGUAUAAGACUUUGCUUGAUUUUGGAACAUUCAAAUAUGAAAUAAGAUAAAUUUUGGUCUGUUUUGUUUGGUUUUUAUAUCAACUCAAUUUUUAAUCAGUUACAGUCUUUGCAUAGAGAAUUUUUCAACCCGAAAUAAGUUAACAGGUGUAUUAAUAUUGAUUUGCAUAAGUCGAGUUCUAUCUGAUGCAGCUCAUUUAUUGUUACUUGAUUUUAUCUAUGAUUUAUUUAAAUGAUAAUAAUUGGAUUACUGAAGGAAAUGAUUGCACUCAUUUUGUAUGGACUGAUAAUGUUUUUAUCAUAUUGACUGAUGUGAUAACUUAAAUAUAGUUAAUUUUGUGUCAUUUAUGGUGCAGCAAUUAUAGUCUGACUCGGUUAAAUGUUGUAUAAUUGCUGAGAUGGAAUUUAGGCUAAAGUAGAACUUUAUUUCCUGUCACGUCAAGAUGCUAUAACAACAAAAAGAUUCCCGGCUGGUAUGUGUACGAAAAAGAUAUAUUUUAAAACCCGAUACAUAUAAAUUAUAGUUAGGAAUAUUUCCUUGAAAAAAACUUGAGUUUUCUGAGUUAAUUCAACCCAACAGAAUACCUUUAACAGUUCUCUAAGUGUUUUGAUAAAUUGUAAAUGGACAUAAAAAAUAUAUCAUUUGAUUAAGACAAUGAUUUAGAACAUGACAAUAUAUGUGAUUUAUUUGUGAUUAAGAAUAUUAUAGAUAUGUGUUGUUGUCUAUGCAAUUAUUUUUGUAUGAUGAAUUGCCACAAUUCAUUCUUUUAUUUAUAGAUUUAAACUGAUUGUGCUUUUAAUUCAUAUCAUUAAAUGAUUGGAUUUGUUAA